CUGAAAAUAUUUUCCCACCUGUUCUCUCGUCACUAGUCACUCUAGUCUUUUGCACAGUUUUACUUCCAGGAACGGAGCAGCUCGGAGGCGAGCGAGUUGCACCGCUGCCAUGGACUGACGUCUGAAAAGGAGUCUUUUCGUGCGGACGUUUCUGUACAAGUUAACUCUUCAUUUCGAUUCUUCCUCCUUGAGAUCUGCACCACCCUAAAAGGACUGUGAAACGCGCAGGUCCGGCCCUUGUCGUCUUCCCCGUGCAAUGUCGAAGAGUAAAACGUGGCCAGGCGGCAUUGCCAUGGAAUCCUCGAGCAAUGUGGACAGUGCAGGAAGCUGCGACAGUGUAAUCAGCAUGAACUCUGGCUAUAGUGAAGACAGUAUGGAGUACCUAUCGGCAGAGGAGCGGGCUUGUCUAAUGUAUCUGGAGGAAACAAUUGAGGCGCUGGAGGUGCAGGAGGACAGCGGCUUAUCCAAUGAUGAACCAGAGCUUGGGUCACAGACACAAAAAGCAUGUCAGACGAAGGGAAACGACAUUCCCAGCGUUGUGUCUGAUUGCACUGGAAGUUGUGACAUGUCUGCCUCACCUGGCACCACUACGUUAGCCACUGAAGGCAAACAUGUGCAUGACUGUCUGAAUGAAACCUCUGAACCACAGUCGACUCGUUCUUUGGAAGGCAGCAAGACAGAACUUGAAACAAUGGACCUCGUGAUUCAGGCCGAUCCUCCACUCAGUGAAUCAGAUGUUGACAGCCCAACCCAUUCAUCAGCUGCAAAGAAUGAGGAGUUGAAUUCAGCCCCAGAUGGGGAACAGUCCUCUGAGGUUGAUGUGGGUGUAAUCCCUCCACCCUCAGACUUCAUGGAUGAACCACAGCCUACUUCAAAGCCAAAGGAAGGAGGAAGGCCUAGUAUCAAGCUAGGAAGUACUAUAGACUUGGAGCUGCUACGCCAGAGAGCCUCUGCUAAGAAAAUUUCAGUGAGCUCCAUUGUGAUUGACGGGCCGCCAAGAACCCCUUCAUCUGAUGAGCCUCCCAGUUUAAGCCCACAUCUUGUCGACUCAGGCCCCCAAUUGAGCCCUCGUCCCGAGACUGCCGAGCCCAGGAGUCCACCCUCUGUGGCUCCAAAGCCCAAGAAGCUUCCUCCCAACAUUAUUCUGAAGUCACAAAAGGCUCCAGCUGCUGGCUCUGAUGGGAACUCCAGACAUUCGUUGCCCACUGGCAGCGAUCGGCAUGCGUUGGACCCUCAGAGAGUUCACAUUGAGGCCCUCCGAAAGCUCGGUCUGCUUAAAAGUACCGAUCCAGAUCCAGGCCCAGUCUUGAGUCCGAAACUUUCUCCCAAAUCUAGAACGUCAUGGGCAGCUCCUUCUCCUCCAAUCAGCCCAGCCGCUCAACGGACACCACCCACGACGCCAUCUUACACUCAGUUCAGCAGCCUUCCUCCUACGUCGGCCCCUCUCCAGUCUGCGUCUCCUGCGGCUGUAUCAAAAUCAACUGAUUCCUUUCAGCCUCCUGAUAUCCUCCCAGCACCUGCUGCUUUCAGUGACCCCGCUGAACCUCUGCCUUUGGAUAAUGAACUGCCUGCUGUCAAAGAUGCCACUGUUAACAGCCCCCCUCUAACCCCUCCCCCAUUGGUUAAGAAGCUAACCCCUCCCAGGGUCAUUCAUACAAAAUCAGCCACCCUGGAGCGCUCUGGCUUGGGUCUAAGCAGUUACAUGUCCGGGCAAAACUCCAGUGAGUCCGGACAAGGCAUCAGCGGUGAGCCGAGCAUGAAUCAGCUGCGUAACAACCGGCCACGCCCCGCCUCUCUUGGGAGCGGGAAAGAGUUUUCUCAUGCUCAAGGAGAGGGUUUGCAGGCUGGUCCUGCCCCGAGCAAAGGCCUGGACUCGCGGAGCUCCGUGCACACUCCCACAGCCUUCCAGCAGUCUCAGAAACUGCCUCGAUCACAAGGCAUCAGUGUACUGAUCUGCCCUCGAGCAGAAAAUGUAGGGAACCGCCGCGAGGCCCUGAAGAAGCUCGGACUGCUCAGAGACUGAGCUGCCUCUCACACUUCAUCCAACCGCCACAGACUCUGUUCAGAUGCUGUAUUUAAAGGAACACACCGGAGAUUUGUGAAUGAUGGUUUAAGACGUGACAGAACUUUCAGGACGUUCAGGACAUGACGUGAAAUUCAGUCAUCUACAUGUUACAUAGAUCGUAUAGUCAUAUUUACAGUGACUUCUUUUCCAUAAGCCAAGGUAUACGUUAACUGUGUCUGUAAAUUCACUUUCAUCUUUCAUUACUUUAAAGAGACGGUGAUGGACUGCUUGGUCACGUGUCUUGUGAUCCCCCCACCUGCUUUCAUGUUAUUCAUUUCAGAGAUAUCUCUGUCUGCUUCUCUUUCUGGUUCUCCUUUUCAAAAUUUUAAAAUGUCACUGACGGUGAUAUUUUCACUUCCUACACUGGAUUGUUUAGUCUGGCCUCUGGUCUGGUUUUUUCUUUUUUUUUUAGGAAGCAGUGGUUUCCAGUGGUUGUGUGUAUUUAUUAUCGAUAGCAACUCCUUUCCCUGUGAAGCUUGCAUCAUAAUUGGAGGAUGUUUAUUAAAAGAAAUGUCCUGCAUUUUUAGAACAUACCUUACACUAGGUCAAAGCACAGUCUCAUUGGGCUGUAGGUGUAAGAAUCUGAAACAUGUGCUUUGAAUGACUGCGUAAUGACGCACAUGUCAAAACUCCUAGCUUGUUACAGAGUGGCUGUGUCUGGAGUCACUAUAGGUCUCUGACUUUCAAACAUUAUUAAAUGGUUUUGGAUCACGCAGUUUCUUUAUAAUAACACAAGUCACUGAGUUUCUUCACAUUUGGAAUGUGUCGUGUUUGUUUUGCUUUCCUUUGAUAUUUACGAAGCGUCGGCUCCCGUGUGUCUUGUCAAAUCACAAAUUGGGACACAGGUUUUCUGGCACAGCUUCAGCACCUUUAUCUGAUGUGAUUGUGAGAGAACUGGUGCAACCUGUUCUUUACCUGCUGGUUUAGACUUUAUGGAACAUCUCUGCUGCUCAUGAUGGCUCGUUUACGAGCAGACUAGCUGUCUGAAUAGCAUUUUAUCACAGCCACAGGCACUUAGAGACAAAUAGAUUUGCUCUUUCCUGUGAUUCACCAUCAAGGUCACCUACUGCUGGGAAAGUUGUGCUCGGUUUAAAAAAACACAUUUCACUGAAUGUGUGUGUUUACAUCGGAGUUAGCGGAGAACACUGAGACAGUUAUGAGUCAGGUCAUUUUGUCUGAUUUUGGAUGAGACGCAACUUUCUACAUAAUGCUGGGAGGCUUCCACGUGCACAAAUAACCACUUAACAGUGUGUAUUUAAACUUUUAAACUGGUGAGUGGCUCCUGUGUAAUUUUAUUAGACAUUGACGCUAAGGUGUGUUGUCUCUGAGUGACUGCAUCAGCAUAUUUGUUUCUUUACCACACCCAAGAUGCCUUCGCCACAUCAGCUUGUAUCCAGAAUCAAAUUUGCAUGAUAUAUAAAGACGAGUUUCUGUGUAUAUAGUUUGUAAAUAAACCCCUGUUCUGUA